AUAAUUUAAAAAAUGUCUGUGCAACAAUAUGAAUCGUACAAGAAGGUGAGGGAGCUAGGCGCCGGGUCCUUCGGCAAAGCCUUCCUCGUCACUUGUGAUAGUGACGGAUCCUAUGCAGUCAUCAAACAGAUUGACAUACAUGCGAUCAAGUCACAGAAGGAGAAAGACCAAAUUGAGAGAGAAGGAAAAAUUCUCGAAAAGCUUGACCAUAUUAAUAUUAUUGGCUUCAGAGAGGUAUACAAGACCAAGAAGGGUAAAAUAUGUAUAGUCAUGGAGUAUGCUGAUGGAGGCGACCUCUCAGAUCUUAUUAAGAAAAAGAAACAACAAGGAGAGUAUCUUUCUGAAGACCAAGUUUUAAACUAUUUUACACAAAUGUGCCUCGCAAUUAAGCAUAUCCACGACCGCAAAAUUAUUCAUAGAGAUCUGAAAGCCCAGAAUAUUUUCCUAGAGAAGUCUGGAAUAAUUAAACUUGGAGAUUUUGGUAUAGCAAAGGUACUGGAGCAAACAGUAGCUCAUGCAGAGACACAGGUCGGAACUCCUUACUAUAUUUCCCCGGAAAUUAUUAGAGGAAAGUCAUAUUCAUUUGCAACUGAUAUUUGGUCCCUUGGAGUUAUUCUCUACGAAAUGUGUGCAUUAGAGGUUCCAAUCAAAGCAAGGAACCUUCAUGGUCUUUAUAUGAAGAUUUCACAAUUUAAAAGAGCUCCUUCGAUCCCGAGUAGAUACUCCUCAGAUAUACAAGACCUUGUGAACACUCUACUUUGUGCUGAUCCUUCUAAGAGACCCUCAAUUAACACAAUUUUAAAAUAAGAGAUCAGUUAAGCAAAGAGCGAAAGACUAUUUGAAUGAUGAAGAUUUUGAAAAUGAAUUCUCCCAUACAAUUAUGCAUAAUCAAUAUCUCUUUAAUAUGAGAAAGAAGAGAGCAAAGCCAGCAAGCAUAUCUAAGCCCCAAAUAGCACCUCCUCCACAACCUAUUAAAGCAGAUGAUGCUGAAAAGCCAAGUUUCUUAGUGAAGCAAAUAGCCCCUUCCCCAAAAAUAAAGAAAUGGGUACAGGAAUCUCCUCGUGCAGCAAAGGGAGGAAUGGUAGGUCAUCGCCCUCUUAGUGCUCGUAAGAAAGAUCCAUCUGCUGUUUACCCUGGCUACAAACCUUACAACGCUAAGCUAGCUCCUAGCCAGAGAAAGAACUCUCAGAGCUCAAACAAAAAGGGUCUCGUAGUUCAGGGGGAGAGCUACAAACCUCUCAAGAGUGACCAUAAAAAGAAGAGAUCCAAUGUCUACGAAGAAGAGAAAGCCAAGAUUGCUCGACAAGAACAGGAACAAAAAUAGAAAAGUCUGGCAGAACAAAGACCGGAGAGAGGAAAUCAAUAAAAAGGUAAACAACAUCUACAGCCUGAUCAAAGAGGAGGAGAAGGGCACUAACGAAGACAUCUCAUCUAAGCCUGGAAAUUUUGCAGAGAAGCCUCUGCAGAAUAAGCUUAAUUGGAUGAAACCUACUGACCAGUCCUUAGAAAGCUCCAAGGAAAACAAUAACUUACAAGAAGAGAGCAAAGAGGAGAUUGAUAAAUACAGGAAGAGCAUCAUCAAGAUGCUAGAUGACGAUUCUGAAGAAAACCAAUCCUUUCAUGACGGACUCGAGACUAAUAGGGAAGUCAGUGACGAAGAGAGAGAUGAUGAUAACAUCAUGGAAAACAGCCAGAAGUCUUUAAGUAAAAAGCCUGUGGAGUUUGAAAAAGAUCUGACUCUAGAGAGUAUUUCAGACCCAGUGUUGAUAGAGGGGCCACCUUAUUUCCAAAAGCCAGAGGAAUGUAUCCCAGACCCAGUCUCCACUCUUCUGAAAGGAGUAAUCUUAGAAAGAUUUGGAAAUGAAUACAAAGUUUCUAAAGGUAUAGAAUUUGUUAAGAAGCAAGGCAACAACAUUUUCCUUGAAAACAAAAGGCAGAGACUCGUCACCGAAUUCAAGCAGACUUGAUUUGAAGAGAGUGAUGAGUCAAUCACUGAGUUCUUUGGAAUAGCAGCUUCACUGCUUUCUUGUUCAUAA